AUGAAGGCCGAGAACCGCUGCCGUCGCCGACCCCCGCCGGCCCCGAACGCCAUGAGCCUGGGUCCCCGCCGCGCCCGCUCCGCUCCGACCGCUGUCGCCGCCGAGGCCCCCGUUGAUGCCGGAGCCUCGGCGGGGCCAGCCGGCGAGUCUAAACCCAAGAGCGAUGGAAAGAACUCAAAUGGAUCCAAGCGUUAUAAUCGCAAACGUGAACCUUCCUACCCCAAAAAUGAAAAUUGUAGCAACCAGACCCGUCGCUCCAAUUCACAGAAAAGCAAAACUUUUAACAAGAUGCCUCCUCAAAGGGGUGGCGGCAGCAGCAAACCCUUUAGCUCUUCUUUUAAUGGUGGAAGACGAGAUGAGGUAGCAGAGGCUCAACGGGCAGAGUUUAGCCCUGCCCAGUUCUCUGGUCCUAAGAAGAUCAACUUGAACCACUUGUUGAAUUUUACUUUUGAACCCCGUGGCCAGGCGGGUCACUUUGAAAGCAGUGGACAUGGCAGCUGGGGAAAAAGGAACAAGUGGGGGCAUAAGCCUUUUAACAAGGAACUCUUUUUACAGGCCAACUGCCAGUUUGUGGUGUCUGAAGAUCAAGACUACACAGCUCAUUUUGCCGAUCCUGAUACUUUAGUUAACUGGGACUUUGUGGAACAAGUGCGCAUUUGUAGCCAUGAAGUGCCAUCUUGCCCAAUAUGCCUCUACCCACCUACUGCAGCCAAGAUAACCCGUUGUGGACACAUCUUCUGCUGGGCAUGUAUCCUGCACUAUCUUUCACUGAGUGAGAAGACCUGGAGUAAAUGUCCCAUCUGUUACAGUUCUGUGCAUAAGAAGGAUCUCAAGAGUGUUGUUGCCACCGAAUCACGUCAGUAUGUUGUUGGUGAUACCAUUACGAUGCAGCUGAUGAAGAGGGAGAAAGGGGUGUUGGUGGCUUUGCCCAAAUCCAAAUGGAUGAAUGUAGACCAUCCCAUUCAUCUCGGAGAUGAACAGCACAGCCAGUACUCCAAGUUGCUGCUGGCCUCCAAGCAGCAGGUGCUGCACCGGGUAAUUCUGGAAGAGAAAGUGGCAUUAGAGCAGCAAUUGGCAGAGGAGAAGCACACCCCCGAGUCCUGCUUUAUUGAGGCAGCUAUCCAGGAGCUCAAGGCUCGGGAAGAGGCUCUGUCCGGGUUGGCUGAAAGCAGAGGGGAAGUGACUGGUGUCGUGGCUGCUCUGGAACAACUGGUGCUGAUGGCUCCCUUGGCGAAGGAGUCGGGUUUUCAACCCAGGAAGGGCGUGCUAGAGUACCUGUCUGCUUUUGAUGAAGAAACCACAGAAGUGUGUUCUCUGGACUCUUCUCGUCCUCUCGCUCUCCCUCUGGUAGAGGAAGAAGAAGUCUUUGAACCAGAGCUUGAGGGUUUGUCAGAAGCCUGCGAAGACUUGGAAUUAGCAGAUGACAAUCUUGGAGAGGGGACCUCUUGUGUGGAGUCCAGCCAGCAAGAACCCACCAUCAAGCCAGGCCUCACGCCCCUGAGCAGCUCUCCUUGUUACUACUUUUACCAAGCGGAGGAUGGGCAGCACAUGUUCCUGCACCCUGUGAAUGUCCGCUGCCUCGUGCGGGAAUAUGGCAGCCUGGAGCAGAGCCCUGAGAAGAUCUCAGCAACUGUGGUAGAGAUCGCUGGCUACUCCAUGUCCGAGGAUGUUCGACAGCGUCAUAGAUAUCUCUCUCACUUACCACUCACCUGUGAGUUCAGCAUAUGUGAACUGGCCCUGCAGCCUCCUGUGGUCUCUAAGGAAACCCUGGAGAUGUUCUCAGAUGACAUUGAGAAGAGGAAGCGGCAGCGCCAGAAGAAGGCUCGGGAGGAGCGCCGCCGAGAGCGCAGGAUUGAGAUGGAAGAGAACAAGAAGCAGGGCAAGUACCCAGAAGUCCACAUUCCUCUCGAGAAUCUACAGCAGUUUCCUGCCUUCAAUUCCUAUACCUGUUCUUCUGAUUCUGCUUUGGGUCCCACCAGCACUGAGGGCCAUGGGGCCCUCUCCCUUUCUCCUCUUAGCAGAAGUCCAGGUUCCCAUCCAGACUUCCUGCUGACCCCUCUGUCACCCACUGCCAGUCAGGGCAGUCCCUCAUUCUGCGUUGGGAGUCUGGAAGAAGACUCUCCUUUCCCUUCCUUUGCUCAGAUGCUGAGGGUUGGAAAAGCAAAAGCAGAUGCGUGGCCCAAAACUACUCCAAAGAAAGAUGAGAACAACUUAGUUCCUCCUGCCCCUGUGGACAGUGAUGGGGAGAGUGAUAACUCAGACCGUGUUCCUGUGCCCAGUUUCCAAAAUUCCUUCAGCCAAGCUAUUGAAGCAGCCUUCAUGAAACUGGACACACCAGCCACUUCAGAUCCCCUCUCUGAAGAUAAAGGAGGAAAGAAAAGGAAGAAACAGAAACAGAAGCUGCUGUUCAGCACCUCAGUCGUCCACACCAAGUGACACUACUGGCCCAGGCUACUUUCUCCAUCUGUUUUUCUUUUUUCUGUGCUUUUGUUUUGCUGCUGUAAUUUUUAAGUAUUUGAGUUUGAACACAUUAGCUCUGGGGGUGGGUUGGGGUGGGGGUUUCCACAACGUGAGGGGGAACCAAGAAAAUUUUAAAUACAGUGUAUUUUCCAGCUUCCCGUCUUUACACCAAAAUAAAGUAUUCACACUCACAAGAGAUCUCUUCCUGCCAAGAUUUUGAGUUUGUUGCCAGGUUAGUCUUUUUGACCCUUGUGUCAUUAAUUUUUUUUUUAACCUAAAUAAGUUUGAGUCCCUUUUAUGGUCCGAGUCUGGGGUUUCUUGGUAUCAGUACAUCUACCAGUUUGGCUUUGAAAAGUAGUGGAAUUUUUCCCCUUUCCUGUUCAGUUCUCUUGUUAAAGAGAGGGAUGGGCAUGAAAUGGAUUUAGGACAGCUGGCUCAUUGUUGUUCAUCUGACAGGGCCAAGCUGUAGGUGCCAGACGUGGCUUGCCAGUGGGACCAGGUAGGUUGUGCUUGGUGCUUGCAUAUGUGAGCAGGGCUUUGCCUCUUGGAUAUAGUUUUGUUUGGUAAGGAAAGCUGCAGCUGUCACUUAGGAAGCCCUGGGACUGUCAUCCUCAGAUAAGCUUGUUUUAAGUGAUAAGCUGAGUUUCAGCAACAGAGGCAUCUGGCACACCUGCAGGAGACAGGGCAGUUUGCUUCAAAGCAGUAGAAUUACCCAGUGUCUCCUAGAGCAGUUUUCUUCUGCCUUGGUUUGAGCUGAAUUUGAGUAAUGUACAUUUUUUGCCGCAUAAUAAAGUGACCUCUAGGUGUAAUAGAAUAUGAAGGAAAUAGUUGCAAUAAAUCACCUGCACAAGCAA